AUGAAGUUCUUCGCCACCGUCGCUCUCCUCGCUACCGCUGUGGCCGCCGCCCCAUCCCAGAGGCUCUUCAACCUGAAGACCUCCGGCGCUAGCAACAGCUCCCACAAUGACCUGUACAUUUCCGUUGGCCACGGGCUGAUCAGCGACCCGCUCAAUAGCGAGGCUGUCUUCUCUGGACCCUCAGCCAACCGCGCUGCCGCCUUCUCCUUCGUCAACGGCACCAUCCUCUUGGAUACCGAGUCGAAAGCCCCCUGGGCUCUAGACCUGAUCAACGUGGCAGGUGUCCGCAAGGAGCGCGCCCAGAUCAGCGUCAAGCCCACUCACGGCUCGAAGGGCUUCUCUGUCAGCCGGCAGGGCGUCGAGGGACCCAGUGAGACCUGGGACGGGUGGCUGUGGUGCCCUGCCGAUAUGGCGGCCGGCCAGUUCCUUCCCAACUUGCACUUCCUCAGCAAGUCUGUUCAGGAUCCUGCUCUACCCGCUGGAUGCGACAAAAUCCAGCUUCACGCUGUUCCCCAGAGCUCUGCUUAG